CUCGGAAGGGUCCAAUCCAAACCAGUUGUGCGGGAGACACUGGAUAAGGCGAAGGCAGAAAAACCUCAUCUUCGUCUUUGGGGAUAACACAGAAGGAAAGAACCGAAGACGAAGAAGAAGAAGAAGAAAUAAUGGCUUCAAUAACAGCAAUGUCAUUGUCACCUUGCCUUUCAAGUAGAGGCAUACAGCAAGCCUCCACACCUUGUGCUUCUCUCACAUUCCUCACUGGGUCAAGACCCAGGAAGAGCUCUGUGUCCCUCAACGCUGCCACCCCUCGUUCUUCGUUGCUUCACUGCUCCUUCGUUCCUUCCUCCUCUCUCUCUUUCCCUUCCUCGUUUUCAGGUUUAUCUCUUGGGUUGGAUUUGGGUUCUAGUAUUGGGGUUGGAAGAAGAAGAGGCUCUGGCUUAGUGGUGAGGGCUGGGAAGGCUGCUCUGUGUCUAACCAAGAGAAAUAGGUCCCGGAAAUCUUUGGCUCGAACUCAUGGGUUCCGCAGACGCAUGAGAACCACUGGCGGUAGAGCAAUGUUGAAGCGCCGACGUGCUAAGGGACGGAAGAUCCUCUGCACGAAGACCAAUCCCAACAGUGGAAAACGUGCCUGAUUGUGUCUAUUUCGAAUUCAGUUUAUCAGGUAAAUGAAAUGAAAUGAAAUGAAAUGUAAUGAUGUCUAAUAGCUGGUUCUUGUGAACAUUGGCAGAAUUUCAAACUUAUUUCACAUGAUAUCCCUUCCGUAUUGUUUCAAUCAGAAAGGCUUUUGUUUGUCCAAGCCCAUUUUGCA